AUGAUUGAGAAGCGUUUAGCGAAGGAGAUUGAACGGCGUCUCCGAGACGAUGAUGACGUACAGAUUCUUAAAUGGUUCGAGCAACAGAUCAUUUCGGCUCGAAGUGUUAGAGCUGCCAUGACUCGUGGAGUAGCGGAGGAAUACGAUCAACUCAGUGAUCUUACUUUUUCAAGGGUGGUAGAGUGGCUCAUUCCGCGGUUUUGGGCAGAUUCUACAGACGCGAAACGUGCGAGGAGAGUGGUAGCUUGUCUGCGUCAAGCCUACAUAUUAAGUGUCUUACCUGAGCCUUGGCUUGAUGAGCCUCGGUGCUCGUCCAGUUACGCACCGAGUGGCGUUUUUCCGGACGGUACUGGUCUUAGGUCAGUCGCGACCGUCGCUUACUGGGCUUAUUUCAUGAAUGCGAAGGGAGGUAUGUCAGCGGAACAGGAACUGAAGAAUCUUUCCAUGUUGUCCCGGUGGACAUCGGCCGCCUCAUUCAUGCAGGCGUUUGCGGGUCUGGAGACACACUCACUCCUGUUCACAAAGGAGGGAACACGGUUUGACUUGUUGGCAGAUCUCACUCAAGCAAUGGCACUCACUCACAUCUAUGAUGGCUAUGAGCGGAGACCUUAUGAUGAGCGACCUGACAUGACUCCAGAGAUGGUCGGAGACGUACAGAACAUCGUGCGACAGCUCAUACGGGUACGUGCAACGUCAGUUAGUCAAGCGAGGGAGUUGUAUGCGUUCCAUCUCGGAUCGUGGAUCAAGUCAACUGCAUCGAAAGUAUCCAAAAGCCAUUACAACCAUUUCCUUACGCUGUAUCGCGAGCAUCAGACUCGCUUGGUUUACAAUUAUUUCUCAGGCUUACUGUCUUGGACAAUGCCUUCAAGGGAGGAAGCGCUUUCAUCCGAGGAAGCGCACUUCCCAGUAACUGAAAAUACACCCCGUACGCGCGCAGAUGGCACCCCGUACGCGCGCCUGCAACUAAUCUGGAUGGAAGAACAGUUCGUGCGCCGUUUGAUGUACCUGCUCAUCAACCAGCAUGCUGCCGAUACAAGUCAAGAACAAGACGCUGUUAUCCUUGGGCUCCGGGGACCACAAUUUAUUUUGUCUGUCUCGGAAGAUACCUUCCAAAGACUCUACGAUCAGGCAUUGGAGGAAACAGCAGCCCGAGUCGCAACUGAACAGGGCUACGACUACGCCUGGAGGGCCGGCUGUGCCGCGAUGGUAACGAUGCACGACGUAUGUUCCUUGCUUGCUGGACCUAAAGCCGACGACGACUCUUAG